AUGCUUAUAUUCUUUGUAUUUGCAUGCUUAGUUUCAGCCUAGACUCAGCUAAAAGUCACUGGAACCGUCAUGGAUUCGUAGGGUAUCAAUAUUGCAGGAGUUCAUAUUACAUUAUUGUAAGAAAUUUGAAUUUACCGAUAGUCAGCAACAAUAAACUAUAGUUAGUGGUUAAACUAAAGAUGAUGGAAAGUACGAGCUCAUUACACAAAUAAACUAACUUAGCAAUCUAUUUGUCGAGGCUUCCUUAUAUGGAGAUUUACAAACUCCUUAGCGUUAUGCAGCAAAUCCUGACUCUAAUGGCAAUAUAGUAUAGGAUUUCAUACUCACUGUUGAUGAUGUGACAGUAAAUGGACCUGCUGUUUUAGCUAAAAUCAAUGGAUAAUACUUUAAUAAAAAUGCCCCAUUGAAUGGAGGAGCUUCUUAUGCUCCUUUGGAGGGAGUUAAAAUCGAUUAUUCUAUAGAAUACAUACUAAAUGGCAAGCACUCUUAUGAAUUUACGAGUGCUUCAAACACUUAAGGAUUGUCAAAAAUAUUUACAGUCUAUCCCAAAUCUGCUGCCAUAUUGAAAUUCUUGGCAUAAAGUGAGAAUUUUUGGAAUUUCAGAUAAACCAAAGAUAACGAUGAGAAUUAUGUUUUGAUUGUGUAAAAAUAAUAGUAUAUCUUCUAAUAGAACAAAUUAAUAUAAGGUGAAUUAUCAAGUCAUAAUGGAAGAAGGAGUAUUCACACAAACAGUAUUGGGCACAGUGGUCGAUAAGAAUUCUAAGAAACCUCUAAAGGAUGCCAAGGUUGAAGUCACAUUUAGCUCAGAAUCCAAAGGGUAUAAAAAUAUCUUAUUGUUUUAGAAAGUUGUCUAGUCAGAGCUUAUUGACAAAGGAGGACGGUAAAAUAGAAGUAAAAUAUAUAAGUAAACUUUGGUACAAAUUUACAAUUAAAAUAUCAAUCACAAAAGAGUAUUAUGCUCUUUAUGAACAAUCAAAAACUAUUGAAAUGGAUCAUGACGACAGAACAAAAAAUUUAGAUACUUUCUAAUUAGGCAUGGUUGAAAUGCCAGUUUAACCAUCAGUCACAUUAUUUGGGUUUGUUUUAGACCCCCAUUUAAAAGACAAAGACCCUAAUCUAAAACCAGUGGUCAAUCUACCAUUAUAAGUGAUAGCUAAAUUUGAAAAUUUAAUCGAAAAAUUUGAGACUCAAACAGACUCCAAUGGUCAAUGGACUAAAGAUAAGUUGCUAUUAUAACCUUUAGCUAAAUAUGAUUUGGAAAUUACCUACACAAAUAGUUAGAAGGAAAAAUUCACUGAUAAAUUUUCAUUUACAACAACACUUGAUCCAAUCUAAAAGAUUAAAAUCGAUAAUUUGUUUUAUUAAGAUGUAGUAAAUGCUGCAUUGACAGGAAAAUUUUCAGAAGCACCUGAAAAGAUGUAGUUCAAGAUUCCAUAUAAGAUUACUUGUGAUACACUUGAUACGAAGUUAAAUUUACCAAAAGAAAUCUUGGCUUAAACAGGAGGAGAUGAAGUUAUUGAUAAGACUUGGAGUGUGGAAGCAAGAGGAGAUAAGGAUAUUCUUUGUUCAAUUCAACAAUAGGAUAGUGCUUAAUUUAUUUAACCCUUCUCAAAACAAUUUACAUUAUAAAAGGGAAUUUGGAAGGCUGAUCUAAAGUAAAUUGAUAUAAAAUACAAUUUGUUUGAUAUCGUCAUAGGUGGAACUGUAUUAGAUAAGGCUCAAUUAGUUCCAUUUAUAAGUGGAGCUAAUAUGAACUUCGUAGUUUAUCAGAAAGAUGAGAACUUGCAUACACUUUAAAGAGAAUUUAAUCUAAAAUCUGAUGAGAAAGGAUUAUUUUCACUCAAGUUUUAAAUUGGCAAAGGAGAGAAAUCAAUCGUAAAAUUAACAGUUUCUCAUCCUGAUUUCAUUGAUUAUAAGAAGGAAGAAUUGCUAGUUAUUAAUGGCAAUGGUCCUUAAACUUUGAAUGGUAAUAGUAUAACUUUAGAUCGUAUUGAAUUUAGCGAUGUUAUUCUACAUUACAAAACUGACACAUUAGAAUAGCCAGCUACAUUAAAAUUAAAUUCAUGCAGUCCUUUCAUGGAAGUUGAUAAAUUGUACAGUCCAAAAUACGAUUCGAAUGAGUAAACAAUUGUGUCUAUUAUAUUAGUGGAUCCUUUAAAAUUCAGUUUGCAUGUUACUAAAAUGUGGUCUACAAAGCAACUUUAGAAAUAACCAUCAAGUCCUUCUCUGCUUAAACAAUCUAAUCACACUAAUUCACCUGCGUCAAACCAACCAAGGAGAAGCCAGAGAUUGAACUCACUUCUGAUUCUCUCUUCAUCAAAGGGAACCUAAUUGUCAAAUUCCUUGAUGUUAACAAUCGUCCUAUUAAGAGCUAAUAAGCAACAUUCCGUACUGAACCCAUUUCUCAAGUUUUGACUCAAACUUCUGAUGAUCAAGGAAUCAUAAAAUUCAUUGAUACCAAAUUAUUCAAAAAUCAAUAGUAUACAGGUUUUCUUGCCUAUGGAUCAUAAAGUGCAGAACUAAAGUUUUAUCCAAAAUAAGACAACUUUGAAGAGCAUUUUCAAGAUUAAUAUAUUGGAGGUUAAGUACAAUACAGAGUAACUGGUAAAGUCAAAUUAUGUAGAGGACAAUUAAUCAAUCCUCUUUAAGUUAAUGUGAAAUGUUCUAAAUAUCCUGAAUAAACUGGGAAAACAGAUCUUGAGGGUUCAUUUUCAAUCAGCAUUUAAGCUAUAGGCAAUUUCAAUGAUGUUGUUUAAUGUACUACUAAAAUAACUGGAGAUAUUGAUUAUUCAUUUGAUUCAACCUUCACUAAAGGAACCUACUCUGUCUAUUAAGAUGUAUCAGUUUGUAUGAAGGAUAUUAAAUUAAAUUUUAAGGGUAAAUUCAUAGAUCCCAUCAACCAACCUAAAUCUAAUUUACCCUUAACUCUAAGUGUUGUAUUUUAGGAAGAUCAAAAACCUAUUCCAAAUAUUCCAUCCCUUAAAACUGAUGCUAAUGGUGUUUGGGAACUCAAAGAUUAAAUUGUGAAGGCCAAUGGGAAAUAUAAAUUUAUUCUCAAAUAUAAAAAUGGAGCUGGAGAUGAAAAAACUAUUGAAAAAGAUUAUUAAACUUCUGUUUACUCUAUUAAACCUGUCAGUGAUUAUGAAUUCCCAAAUACCUUCUUUUAAGAUUUUGAAUAAUGUCAUGUUUUCGGAAAGGCUAAUGAUUAUAAAUCUAAGAAUAUAGUGCCUGCUGCUCUACCAGUAGUGUUGACAUGUGAUUAAACUCUUUCGAAAGAUAAAAAACCUAUUAAGCAAUCAGGAAAGAUUGGAUUCGAUUUACAAUAUGAUUUAAAAGUUGAUGGGUUAGUCGAAUAUGAUCAACCAAUCCAAUGUUAAUUGAAAUCAGAAAAUGAAGCCAAAGCCAAAUUCAAUCAAAAUAUAUAAUUGCAAGGACCUAAGUGGGAAAUGAAAUAAGAUCUAACAAUUCAAUACAUAACGUGGCUGAUAACUUUGAAGGGUUAAGUAUUAGAUCCAUUGAAGAUCAAUACAAAUUUAAAAGAUGCAAUAAUAACCAUUACUGUACAUCAACCAGUACCUAAUAAACUUGAAUCAAAAUUGAGGGGAAGAUUUCAUUUUGAUGUCCAGCAAACCCAAUUAGAGUCUGUUAAUUCAAAAGAGUAAGGGUUGUAUUCAAUUGAAUUUUAAACUUUAAAUUAAGAAGCUUUAAGCAUUGAUAUUGCUGCUAAGCUAACUGAUUUUAAUGAUUUCAAGCAAUUGAAUGCUUUAAGUAUAGCAGGAACUAAGAAUGAGGAUUUGACUUUCAAUAUCAAUUUACAAAGGAUAGAAUUCUCUGCUAUUUUGAGUUCGAGUGUGGAUGAAAUAGGGAGCAUCCAAUAUAAGACCAGUAAUCCACUUAUGCAAGAAGAUAAGGACAAGAAAUUCUAUGGAACCAGCGUGGUACUUUAGAAGGGAAAGUAUAUAAAUAUUCAAUAAUAUUUAGACCAUUCUAGUUUAAUGUUAAAUGCAAUUAGAAUGUUGAGUACGUGGCCACUUUUAUAUUAACAAAUGAACACCAAUAAUAGAUGGAGUAUGUGUCAGAACCAUUCAAGUGUAAGGUGGCUCCUGAAUUGACAGUAAUCAAAAUUAAAUCUACAAAUGACAAGUACCUAUUAAAAGUAAUGUAUACCUAUAUAAUUAGAUAAGUGGUGUAAUUAAAGACAAAGAAAAGCUGUUUGACGGUAUUGUCUCUGGAGCAACUGUCAUAAUCAAUUUGACCAAAAAUACUAAAGUAGUAAAAUCAAUACAAACGACUUCCAAUAAUAAGGGUGAGUAUUAGGGUGAAUUCGAAGUAAAUACUGACACUUAUCAAUAUGAAAUUAAAGUCACACAUCCUCAAUUUAAAGAGGGAGAUAUUUCAGAUACAGUUAUCUUCUCAAAAAAUGAAGUUGUAACUCGAGAUGUGAUAUUGGAGAGGUAAACAAACUCUUAAAAAAUUACUAUUAAUUUAUAAGACUCCAAGAAAAAGCCAAUUAAGAAUUCCGAGGUGGGAACUUCAGAUUUUAAACCAAAAUCAAAUGACAAGAAAACUGUGAAGGCUGACGACGCUGGUAAGGCAACUAUCGAAGUGGUUUGUUUCAAGGAUGUCCAAGAAACUUUUAAAUUGGAAAUAAGAGUUGAAGAUUUAAGAGAGACAGUUGAAUAAACAAUUAGUUGUGAUGGAAAGAGCUAAGAUCAUUCAAUAGUGACUUAAUUGCAAUAUGUUAAUGUAAAUGGCAAUGUGAUUGAUCCAUAUUGCAAAGGAAAGAGUGAUGUUAAAUUGAAUCUUAAUACUACUCCUGAGACUCAGAAACUAUCGGUAAACACAGAUAAGAAAGGUGAUUGGGAAGGCGAAUUGCUUGUUAAAUUAAACCAAGAAUACAGUGUAAAUGUUAAUUACAAUGGUUGGGAUGGAUAAUAGUAAAGUUUGAAGGAGAAAUACUAAAUCAAGAGUGAUUAAACCAAAUUGGAUUUUCAGAAAAUCUAUUAUUCUGAUUAGGUUGAGAGUUCGGUUGAAGGUGAAGUGGUUUCAAGUGUGUAUCAUGUUUCCUUGAAGUUUCAUAAGAUAUCGUUGUGGUUUGAUAGUAAGGAGGUUAAGGAAAGCGAGAUUGAUGAAUUUAGUGAGUACGAGAUGAAGUUUAAGGUCCUGGCUUAAUGUAAUAAGGAGUACGAGUAUCAGAUCUUAAUUAAGGAGACUUAACACUUCGAGAGAAAGACAGUCCCUUUGGUUAUCAAGCCACCCAAAUAUGAUUACAAGGUGGACAUAGUUGUUGAAGAGACCAAGGCUUAUAUUAAUGAAAUAAAGAGUUUCUUUUCAAAGUUUUUGAUUAGUGGGUACUUAGAGUCUGAGUACAAUUGCAAAGACAAAUUGUUUAGAGCAGUUCAACAUGCUUCAGUUAAGAUUGUGAAGAAGCAGGAGUCUGGUGAUAAGGUGAAAGCUGCAACCCACACAAGGGAAGAUGGGAAAUUUUAAUUAUAUUUCUUUUUGUCUAAAUCGUAAAUUAAAUUUAUUAAAUAUUUUAUAGGUAAGUGAAAAACAAUAUAUUUGUUUGGCUACAUUUUGAAAAAGAAGGAUUUACAACUCCAUAUCCCCUUUUGAUCAUACCGUCCUAGUACGAAAAGUUUCAAAUGGAUGACGAAACGAUCACACAUAUAGAUAUAGGCUAUUAAUCCAUAUCUCCGAUCCAAGAUAUGGGUUGUCCAGAAGAUAUACCAAAGAUAUCAAAUAAUGAUUAAUCAACGAUUUUGAUUGAUUACAUUAAAAUGGGAAAGAAACAACUCAAAGGUAACAACAACUGAUUUAUAUAUCUAUAUAUUAUUAUUA